AUGGAAGAAAUUCUUGAAAUUGUUCCAAAUACGAUACAAUUCGAUUAUUAAAGUAGAGAAUAAACAAUCUCUAUCUAAAAUUUGACCCUUCAUUAUAUACAAGUUAGAAUUGUUUCCCCCAAUCCUACUUUAUUUGCUAUAAUUCCUAAUAUUUGUAAAUAUAUAUAUCAUAUCAUAUAAUAGUUUCAAUAGAACCUUGUACAACUACAGAAGUGGUUGUCAAAUUAAAUUUAGAUUUUAAAAUGAACUUUUACUCACUUAUAAUGAAUAGAAAGUUAACUAUUUUUUAUUAUGAUGUUGACGAUGUUGAAGAGUUAGGUAAAAAUGAUAUGGAUUGGCAAAAAUUACCAUUUAAUUUUUUGGGGAGAAGUGAAAUUAAUGUUGACUAUGAUACGAAAAGUGACAAAUAUCAAAUACUCAAGUCGGAGAAGUCAAAAAAAUUUAUGGAAAGUGUUUAAAUAUUUUAGGCUUUGUUUAUAAAAUAAAAAAACAUAUCUUUGAAUGAUGAAUACAAAAAGAUUUUAAUUAAUAAAUAUCUAGAAUUACAUAACAAAUAUCAAACUUAUAAAAUUAUGGAAGAUAGCAUAAUUUUUAUUGGUAAUAAUUUAGAUUUUGAAAACGAAAUCUAUUGUAUUGAAAAUCAAUCCUAAAUUUAUUAUGUUUCCUCAUACAAACCAACCUAUUUAUAUAAUGCUUUUCCACAACAUCCCAUUGAACCACUAAGCCCAUAAAGCCCAAGAAAGAAAAGCUCAUAAUAACCUCUAUAACCAUAAGAACCAAUAAAAUUAGUCAAAACCGAAAGCGAGUAACUUAAUCAACAUUCCUUAAUUGAUUUAUCUCCCGUCAAGUAAUUUUUCUCUGUGUUCACAUCAUCCAAAUAAAAACAUGAUGAGACUAUUGACUAAUAAGUUUAGGUUGAAUAACCAAUUAUUUAGCCCUAACUUAUAGAUCAAUAAAAAAUCUAGUAAUAAUAAUAAUAAUAUGAAAUUAGGGAGUAAUAAUAGGUUACAAGAUAAAAUGAUACAAGGACAAUAUAAGAUGAUAAGUAAUAGUAAUAAUAAUAGCAAUAAUAAUUAUAAUAACAAUCAUAGUAAUAAUAAUAAUAAUAAUAACAAUCAUAAUAGUAAUAAUAACAAUAAUAAUAGUAAUAAUAACAAUAAUAAUAGUAGUAGUAACAAUAAUAAUAGUAGUAGUAAUAGCAAUAAUAGUAGUAAUAAUAAUAAUCAUAAAAAUAAUAACCAUAAUAACCUAAAGUUUAAUAAAAGUUUUACAAUCAAGAGGCAAGCGUACCUGAAUCAAAUAGAAUGAAUAAAAGAUUACUUAAUGAAUAAAAUACGAAUAAUGGAUAAAAGACUGAAUAAAAAGCAUAAUCUAUUGAUGGGAGGAGAAGCCUGUAGAUAAUUGAUUAGAAAAAUUAGUAGAGAUUAAAUGAAACUGCUGACUUGUCAUGGGAUCAAAAGGCCAAAAUUUAAUAACAAUAAAUGACUGCUCCUCCUGUAGAAUUCAAGGGAAUAGAUAAUAUGUAUUGAUAAUCUUAUAAUAGUAAGUUAGAAUUAAUAAGCAUGCUACAAAAUCAAUGAAUUAGCAUAACUAAAGACCUAUCAGCAGAUCACUGAUGUUUUACUAUUCAGAGAUGGCAAAUAUUUAAUCACAGUCGGCGAAAAGAAUGAUAUAAAAGUAACACUAGUUAAAAUAACAAAAGGUUUGGCAACUAUCCAUUAGAGGUCUUGUAGGAACUAUAAAAGAACUAGAAAAUAAAAAGGAGAGAAAGAUCUUACUCAUAAAAGAAUGGAGGUAUGUAGAUCCAUCUGCAGAUGAGAAUUAUGAGUUUGAGUUGAAGGAUCCUAAGAAUGAAUGCAAAGUAAUUCUGGAAAUUAUAAAUUUAGAGUUAAGAAUUAUUCACUCCAUACGAAACUGCUUAUAGAUUUGUUACUGGUUCAGAAGAUUAGAUUUUCAGGAUAUUUAAUUUGACAACUAUGACUUUAGAGCAAUCAUUUAAUUCUAGAUUAUAGAUACCAACAGCAAUCACAUUUAUGCCAGAUAGAGGACUAUUCUGUAUAGGCGGUUAACCCUAUAAAACAAUAUUUGGAUAAACCAGAAAGUAUAGAUCAAUUAGAUUCUUUUUGAUGAAGAAUUUAUAGGAGAAGCCAAAAUAUAAGAUAUUUUGUAAGUCAGAAGACGAAUAUCUAAAUCAGGUUAUCUAUAGUGAAAACCCUAUCAACAGGCAAAAAGAUUAAUAUCAUGCAAGAAUUAAUAAUAUAUUAGCAAUACAAAUCAUCAGAAGAAAUAGCUAGGGAAAAUAGAUUCUCCAAAGCGAUAGAGUUUUGUUUGUAUUUAUGGAUAGAAUGAAUUAAUGCACAGUUUUAUUGACUUUGGAAUGUGAAUCCCUUAAAAUAAGAGGAAUUAAUGAUUUGAAGUAUCUUUAUAAAGAAGGUGUUUUUGCUGUUAUUGAGGCUAAUGAUGUGGUUAGUGCAAAAAACACAAAAGUAGAAUAGAAUACAUAAAGAGUAGUUUUAAUCAAUUUAAAAUAAUUAUAAACCUCAUAAGGAAGAGAAAGUGGAAUUGAAUGCAAUUUAAUCUAAGAGUAAAGAUCUAAAGUAAGCUUUUUUAUAUUUAUUUAAGUUAUCUGUAUAAAUCCUAGUAAAUCCUAUUUUGUUGGUCAUUCCAUAACCAAAGCAGAUCAUAUUUUAGAAUUUUAAUGGAGAAGACUAGAUUAUUCAUCCCUUAGAAAUUAAAGAUUCUAAAUAGUAGCUUAAUUUUAAUUAUCUAAAUACUCUAAAUAAUUAUGUAAUAUCAAUAGUAGAUGA